CACAACCCCAAAAUAACCACAAAAUACCUUCCGCUCAUCUACCUGCUCUCUCUUUCAUCUGCUAUUACUCCUGCUGCUACUGCUAGCCUUGCUACCAUCUUGGAAUAACUCUACUCAUUGUCUGACCUUUCAUCACUCAAGAAAAUCAAAACAAAACAAAAAAAAGAAUAAAGCCAUAGUCUCCAUUUUGUUUUGCCCGGUGCCUGACCGCCUUGCCCAGCGUUUCCCGCGGUCGGACAACACACAUGAGCAAAACCCCCCCUUGUGUGCUGGAAAUACUCUCCCAAUUUCUCCUUCUCUGAAUACCAGUUGACUCAACGAAGCGAGCACGGCUGCGGUCUCUUGUGCGUUCGCCUCCACUCAGUCAAAGGAGCCCUAACCAGCCAUCUAUCAUACAAGUGGACGAAGACCUCGUACCAAUCAAUCCAAAGGUUUACACACGCAGACAGGCAAGCCCCUCCUCCUCUCCCACCUUAACCAACUCAACCCUGCGUUUCUCUUCUACCCUAACACAACCUCAACCUCCUCCUCUUCAGCUUCUCUCACUUUCACUUGUUCGUUAUUCUCCCGUUUGUUACGUUGCAGCAAAGGCGCCACUUUUCCUGUCUUGCUACCAUACCCUCGUAACCUCAUUAGAACUUCUACGUGCCCUACUUAAACCUCAUUUUGUGCUGAACCCUCGGUUCGGUUGAGCCUCCAACAAUCGAAAUGCCGGCCCACUCGGAAGACGGCGGCAGCAGCCCACUAGAGGAGAGUACCUAUGAGUUGCUCAGCAUGUCUACUGAGAUCUCUGACGACGAAGACGAUGCUUCAUCUAUAACUUCGUUUAGGGACAAUAUCAGCGAAGACAAUAUGUCUAUCGAGGAUAGCGAGUCUCUUGCUGAAUUUCAAGAUGACUCUCCUCAUUCCGACCCCAGCCCUGGUAUCCCCGCAUUCGGUGGCCUUGACGAACAGCACCUUGAUAAAAGCAGAAUGACCCUCAAAGACGAACGCUUCGGCUCAGAACAAGUGGUUUUCGAGGAACCAGAAGACUUUGCUGGUGAACAGAUUUCCGUGAGCUCGCGUGUAAUUGAAUUCAAUGAAGCCGAUUCCAUGGACAUCAGCCAACACCUAAGGGUUGACGAUCCACCUCCUGCUAAACUCUUCGCUACGGUGCGGCAAACCAUGAGCAAGCACCAACUUGUCAUGGAAGAGCCUUUCCGCAUCCUGUAUGUCGGAGCUACAUCUGCGAAGGAUGAGAUAACUACAAAAUUAGGGGGUGCACUAGCUGUCCCUGUCACUGAGUCGACCAGCUCUUCCUGCUCAUGGGAAAGCUCCAAGGGCUCGCGUUUUAAUGUCAUACCUGUCUCGUCUUUCGGUGCCCGCAGCAGUUCACCUGAAGUCGAGCUUGUGGAGUCGUUUGGCGUAGAGAUGGCCGUUGACGUGUGUACCGCAGCGAGGUCCUCCAAGAGAGAAAAUCGGCCAGAGACUUUAUCCUUGUGGUUGAAUGGUAACCAAUCCGUGUCGUCGUCUUACGGUGAUAGCGGUCCCCAGCUUGAGAGCCCUGGCUGGAAACUGCCUCACCUAGCAGUUGUCUUCAGUUCAGAAGAUGACAAUACGCAGAGGAGGAUGACCCGAGUAUACGCAAGAGCUUUCAUGGCUCGUCACUCAGUUCCAACUCUUGUCAUUUCUCAAGACCCUCUCUAUCACAAGCUCACCGAAAAUUAUACCCUCGAUACACGAAGCGUGCACAUGUGUCUCGAGUCGCAAUCUGAUUCGAAAUAUGGCCACCUCGUUCAUAAGCGUUUGCCUAUUGAUCUAAAUACCUUCCUCAAUCUUGAUGUUCGUCAGAUGAACCGCAACUUGGCCUGCGUUACCGGUAUCUCUCCAAAAUCCGAUCGGGAGAAUGCGCCGAUCCCAGUCGGCGGAUUGCGAACAUCUGUGUCCUCCAUUACUUCCACUAACACAUUACUGAGAGAUGUAGAAAAGGCACCCCAUCAACCAACAUUGAACGCCUCGAGCAGCCUAUACUGGGUCCGUGACCAGAAGCGCGAAGACCUCUGGAAAGUUUUUCUCGUGGGCUGGAUAUUCGUGUGUGGUCUAGCUGGAGCGACAUUUGCCAUUGCGUGCAUGAAGUUUAAAUCACCGAUGGCCACUGAUGAAGCUCUCGCUCCAGCCGUAAAAUCUGUUACACAGAUGACAACCUCUGCCUCGACCGUAAUGUCCCCUACUGCGGUCUCAGUCAUUACCUCACUCUCCGCCACAGUUCAUUCGUCGAGCAUCGCUACGACAUCGCGAUGUAGCCCAAAGAACGAUAUAUCUAGUCUUGUCUUCGACCCGAACUCUUUGACAUUGAAUCAAUCUGGCCAAUUCACUGUUCAUGUCAUUGGAGACAACCAUCUUAUCAUACGCCCCCCACAAAAGUAUCUACUACUCCGAAAGCCACCUACUUUAUUCGUCGAAGUCACUCGUGGUGGAGAAGAAAUAUCUUCUGAACUCUCAAAGCCUCUGGAAGGUGUGUAUACGCUGGAGCUGGAUAGUGAGCAAGCUUGGGGAUUAGUGAAGAUUUCGAUUUCGACCAGGAGCGCACCCUUGAUUAGUGAGACAUUGGAGGUUGACUUUGGGUCACCUUGGUUGAAACUUUCAGGAUGGCUCAAGGCGGUAGAACAGAAAAAGGCGGAAAUCCAGGUCAUAGUGGAGCAGACCAUAAUCGAGGCAGAAAAAAUUGCAAACGACUUGACCGACAUUGCAGGGAAACAGGCCAUGGAGGCGAAGGAAGCUAUGGUGGCUAAGGCGAAGGAGAUCACAAAUGGUGCUUCAAAACUCUACCAAGGAACCAAAUCCAUCACUCUAAAGCACUACCUCCCUUCUGUCAGCAAAUCGGAAUACGUGCAAAAGGCACAGAAGCAGGCCAAGAUUGUCUGGGAGAAGGAAACCGAGAAACUUUCUGCAAAGAGAAAGGAAGUCAAACGAACUGGAUGGCUGGGUCGAUAAAUAGCCCACCUUUUUAAUUUCAUUAGUAUGGUUAGUUGGUCGGUUCUUCUGCUUCUUUUUAUUUUGCCCUGUGUCUCAAUAUCUCUCCCUCCAGCUUUCCGCCUAUUGGAAGAGGUGGGAACAGUGGGGACUUCGACGGGCCUUCUCAAUUUAUUGUUCAUGUAUGUGAUUAGUUAGGAUUUUUUUUUUUUCUCUCUCGUUUCCUUCUUGCUUUGUUUCUCUGUGCUUUCUUGUCCGGCCCCUGGAGUAUUUUUUCUUUCUCUUUUUAGGUGGGAAGGGGAUAGGAUAGGAGCCCCUCGGGCACAAAGGACUUGGGCAGGAUUAGGAUUAGGGGGAUGCACGGGACUCGGUUAGGUCUAUAUGGAGUUCUUUUCUUUCCUUUUUUGUUUUCAAUCAUAUUUUAUGUCUUCUAAGUGCUAUAUUUGCUUUUCUUUACACUCCCCAUUCCUACUACUACACGUAUGGCGAUGCCCUGAGGGACUUCGGAAUAUGAUAGGUGUUCCGAGGAUGAAUCAUUAUAUGAUAAAUAAAUAAACGGGCAACUAUGGUGCAAAAA